UUCCCUCUGGCUGGCUUUUAUCUUCUGAAUCCUGCUUGUUCCUCCGAGCCCGGUCCCUGCUUAUCUGUGCCUGGGGCUCGGCUGGGUGGCGUUGGGCUGCCGUUCAGUUGCCGGGGCGGAAGGGUUGGGUGCUUGCGUGUGUGAGAGACAGAGAGGGGUGGGGUAGACGGGCGGGCAGGCGGGCAGGGUGGUUAAAGCAGGGUUGCUCCGGGUCUCGCCUCAGCCGCUCUCCGCGAAGCCCUCACCUUUCCCCUUAAGCCGCAGGAGUGCAAAGUCCAUUGGCGCGCCUUCGCCCCGGCCGCUGCCAAGCGAAUGUAGGCAGGGAAGCAAGCGAGCAAGGAAGGAAGGAACGAUGGUCAUUCGCGUGUUCGUCGCCUCUUCUUCGGGGUCCGUGGCGAUAAAGAAGAGGCAGCAAGACAUUGUACGAUUCUUAGAAGCCAACAAAAUCGACUUUGAAGAGGUGGAUAUCACCAUGUCAGAGGAGCAAAGGCUAUGGAUGUAUAAAAAUAUUUCUCAAGACAAAUUGCCUGCACAAGGCAAUCCUCUGCCUCCCCAGAUUUUCAAUGACGAUCAAUACUGUGGAGAUUAUGACUCUUUUUUUGAAUCCAAGGAAAGCAACACUGUCUUUUCAUUUCUUGGGUUGAAACCUAGUGUGGCAUCAAAGGAAUCGGAACCUUAGAACAAUUUCUUGAGGAUUCAACAAGCACAUUCUCUUGAGUGAAUGAAAUCCUUGAUGUUCAGCACACAACUUCCCUAGUGGAUCACUGUGAAACAAGCCAAUAUGCACCAUCAAUAUUUCGUUUGACACACUGAAGAAGUGAAAUAAGACAGUGGAUGUGGAUCAGUGAAAAUAGUGGUGGUGGGUCCUCUACCUUCUUUGCAACCCUAUCUGAAGUUGAUGCUGCGGGCUGUUCUGACGAACACAGAUGUUCCAUUUGAAUUAACUACAGCCUCAAAGUGGUUUGUGAGCUUAUCAUACAGAGUGCAUCAUCAAAGCUUUGGAUGUUUACUGCAUUCUGAGCAAAGAGUGCCACAGAUGUGAUAAAAACAACUCAGAAUUUUAAAAAGAAAUGAUGUUGAUCUGAGAAGAUCUCACUCCAAAAAACGAAGCAACCACCUCCCCCCCCAAAAAAAAUUAGGUAAAGAUGAUUAUUUUUAGAGUAUAUACUAUUUAUGCUAUUUGUGCUGCAGUGUACUUAUGGCUAUAUUUGUGGCCUGGUGUAUUUUUCCAUGUAAAAAAUAAAAGCCACUUUUCAUAUCUCA